AUGGCCUCGCGGUCGCCUUCGCGCCUCCUCGCUUGCCUCCCGUCACCGCCUGCCGCUACGCGUCGCCCGCGCCUUGACUCCACCGCGCUGUCCGCCGUGCCCAUGCGCGUCCCCGCGAGCACCUGGCCACGCUGCUGCUGCUCUCUGUCGCUGUGGAUCGCGGCUGCCCGCGCGCCCCAUUCGCCGCCCCCCUCUGAUAUUGACUGCUACUCCACCCCGUCCCUGGCCACCGGCCCUGAGCCACUCCGCCACCGCAGCGCCCCGCUUGCUCCGCCACUGCCAUCCAUCGCCGUUCGUGCCCCGUACUGCUCCCCCCCCCCCCGCGUGCAUCCACAGCCGCCCGCGCGCGCCCUCGCCUCCUCUGCACCCCGCGCUCGCCUCCGGCCUUCGCUGGCCGCCGCCCGGGUAUGGCCCCACCACACUGCUGCCCGCCACCUCGUCACCCCCAUGCCGGCGCCGCUCGCUCACCGUCGGUCAUUCUGA